AUGUUAAACAGUUCUGAUAAUAGUUCAGAGGAAGAUUACAUCCCAUUGAGUCUACAUGUCGUGACAUUCAGUAUUGUGUUUAUGGGAAUAGACAUAGUCUUCAGCCUCCUGACAAACAUUUUGCUGAUGUUGACAAUCAUAAAUGCACCGAGUUUGCGCACUCCACCAAAUAAUCACUUGUUGAAUAUCGGAAUGAAUAACGUAAUUCUAUGUCUUUGUAUGAUACUCUCACUUGUGAGUGUCGGAACAAAGAGAGAAGAUCUCGUCUAUGUUCAAUCUGUCACUGGUUUUCAGUUGUUCAUAGUCUCCAAUUGCUCUCUGCAGUAUCUAUGUGCAUUUACGUCUAUAUGUAUUUACCGAAAAACGACUAUCAAAAGACCUUCUUUAUGUUUACGCAUGCGUAAAAGAAUGGUUACACGUUCAAUUUUAUGUGGAUGGAUAGCUUCAGUUCUGUUGUCUGUCGUCUUCUGUUUGUCAUUUAUGCCAAAUAAUGAUCGGGCUUGUGAUACAUUAAAUCCUUUUCAAAGGGAGUUUCGCGUUUGUGACAGUCGGAAACGCCUUACUUCAGAACAACUGGUGAUCUUGAUUGUUUACGUUGGUUCAUAUGUUGCAGGACUUUUCAUUAUUUUCUCUUCAUAUUACAGUAUUUGUAAAUCUCUUAAUUUGACUGGAACAUUCAGGAAGAGCCGCGUUUCUCCUUGGAAUAGGAAUUCAAGUAUGUCGUCUGAAGCAGGGCCAGAUACACUUGAUCAAACACAGCAGAUGAAUGGCGAUAGUGACUUUGUGAAACCUUACACGAUAUCAUCUGGUAAAUCUGAUGACAUCAUUGUGCACUACCAACGCAGUGAACACGCUCUCACAUUUGAAGACAUAUUUGCACUUGAAAAUCCAAUCCUUGCCGCAAAGCUGAAACAGAACAAUUCUCAAAAGAAACCAUUGAAGCCAACUCUCUCAAACACAAGUACACAAUCAACAAAGUCUAAAAUUUGUACUUUUACAGACAUAUCGCCCGUUGCUAACUUGCAGAGAAUUCAGAACAUAAAAAAUGCCUCCGCAUUACGGAACCAGUCUUUGAGGAGAGACAGAGUAAGCCUAAGUAGCGCUACAAAGAACAGUUUUAUAAUGUUUAUUGCAUACUUGGUAUGCUCUUUUCCCCUACUGAUUCUAUGCAUCCCAGGAGUUCUUGAUUUCAUGUCUACAGAUGCCCGGAUCAACACAAUCGUUAUGUGUCAUCUUCUCUUUUACAUCAAUGCUUGUUUCUAUCCAAUGUGGUAUUUGCUAUUUAGUAAACGUGUUCGACAGUGUCUUUUCAGACUUUUAGAAAAUAUUUUGAUAAGACUGCAAGUUAGGAGAUAGCAUUUUUUUUCUAUAAUUCAUGCGACA